AAGAAGAAGCUCCGUCUGCAGCAGCUUCACAUCUGGACCUGCAGUUCUGGUUCUGGUUCUGUUCUGGUUCUGGUUCUGGUUCUGGUUCUGGUCAGGACGAUGGGCGCCCGGGACGACGAGUACGACUACCUGUUCAAAGUCGUCCUCAUCGGGGACUCCGGCGUGGGGAAGUCCAACCUUCUGUCUCGCUUCACGAGGAACGAGUUCAACCUGGAGAGCAAGAGCACGAUCGGCGUGGAGUUCGCUACACGUAGCAUAGCGGUGGACGGGAGGACGGUGAAGGCCCAGAUCUGGGACACGGCGGGACAGGAGCGCUACCGCGCUAUCACCUCCGCCUACUACCGCGGCGCGGUGGGGGCCCUGCUGGUCUACGACAUCGCGAAGCACCUGACCUACGAGAACGUGGAGCGCUGGCUGAAGGAGCUGCGAGAUCACGCCGACGGAAACAUCGUCAUCAUGCUGGUGGGAAACAAGAGCGACCUGCGGCACCUGAGGGCGGUGCCCGCCGACGAGGCCCGCGCCUUCGCAGAGAAGAACGGUCUGUCCUUCCUGGAGACGUCAGCGCUGGAUUCAACUAACGUGGAGACGGCGUUUCAGACAAUCCUGACAGAGAUCUACCGGAUCGUGUCCCAGAAACAGAUGUCUGAGCGUCAGGACGGAGAGUCUCCCAGCAACAACGUGGUCAACAUCCAGGUCCAGCCCACGGAGAACAAGCCAAAGAUGCAGUGCUGCCAGAACAUCUAGUCCUGGUCCUGGUGGGGACCCUGGUCCUGGUCCUGGUCCUGGUCCUGGUGGGGACCCUGGUCCUGGUCCUGGUCCUGGUCCUGGUCCUGGUCCCUGGUCCCUGGUCCUGGUCCUGGUCCUGGUCCUGGUGGGGACCCUGGUCCUGGUCCUGGUCCUGGUCCUGGUCCUGGUCCUGGUCCUGGUGGGGACCCUGGUCCUGGUCCUGGUCCUGGUCCCGACCCCUGAAGGACUGCCCCCCCUCUUUAGGUUCUGCAGGACAGCAGUUUCAAAUCACCGUAAGCCUGAGUUCUGGUUCUGCGUCAAAUCGACGGCGUGUGAUACGGGUCGACGCGUAGCACACGCCGUCGCUGACGCCGUGACCGACACCGUCGCUGACGCCGUGACCGACGCCGUCGCUGACGCCGUCACUGACACCGUCGCUGACGCCGUCGCUGACGCCGUCGCUGACGCCGUCACCGACCUGCUCCUCCCGAAAAUUAUAACUACUCGUGGAGGCGACGCAGACCACACGCAGACGAGAGGGCUGUGAUUGGUUCUUGGUAGCAACGCAUUUCCUGUUUCCGGUUUGAAACAGUCGUGAACUUUCAGCCUCUUUUCUUCGUGUUGUGGGUGAUUUUUUUUGUUUUGGUUUUUUGCACAAUAGUUGUCCACUUUGACCGGACAAAGUCGGAUAAACCAUUCAGGAAAAGAUGGUGAAUUAGCGGUCACGGGGGGAACUGCACCGCGGAGAAAUGGAGUGACGGAGAAGUCCGAAGGUUCACGACAGCGUCGUGGCGACGGCGUCGUGGCGACGGCGUCACGGCGACGUCGUCACGGCGACAGCGUCACGGCAACGGUCUCACGGCGACGGCAUUACGGCGACGGCGUUACGGCGACGGUGUCACGGCGACGGCGUCGCGUCACGGCGACGGCGUCACGGCGACGGCGUCACGGCGACGGUGUCACGGCGACGUCACGGUGACGGCGUGUGCUCUGCGUUGGUUUAACGCAGAACCUUAACUCAAGCUUUAGAUUCAUGAAGCUGCGGCACCGAAAUGUCUGAUUAUGAAUGUUAAUCCUUCACCUCCUUGUUUCUCCUUCACCUCCUUGUUUCUCCUUCACCUCCUUGUUUCUCCUUCACCUCCUUGUUUCUCCUUCACCUCCUUGUUUCUCCUUCACCUCCGUUCCUCCUCUCAUUUCUUGUGUGAAUAUGAAUCACAUCACAUGCUCUGAAGGUUCCCAGCACCCGCUUAGCCCCGCCCCCUCACCUGAGGCCCCGCCCCCUCACCCGCUUAGCCCCGCCCCCUCACCCGAGGUCCCGCCCCCUCACCUGAGGCCCCGCCCCCUCACCUGAGGCCCCGCCCCCUCACCCGCUUAGCCCCGCCCCCUCAGCU